ACCCAACAUUAAAUGGCUGGAAAUUUGCAGAAUGAGCGUGACAUUGGCACUUGAAAUAUCUAAAGUAGACAGGGCUUGUGUGUAUAAUAUGAUCCACUCAUAGAGGGAUGAAGUUACACACUCCGGUGCAAUAGAAGGCGGGAUACAGCUUUUAAGUUAGUCUGUCUGCAUUUAACCUAGGAAGAAGAAGACUGCGGCAGCUGCUUACUCUGACCCACUGGGAGAAGUUGGAAAGAAGUGGAGGAAAGCGCAGACUGGACGGACGUGAGAGCCAACGGCUGAAUUAAGCGAACUGAAUUGAUAGAAGAGUUCACGAAAACUAACGCUACAUAGUUAGAUGCUAAGGUGUUUACAGCUGAGGACGCUGAUAUUCGUCGCGUGGGUGCUGGGUUACGUCGCCUUUCUGCUGUCCAUCAGAAGGAUGUGGACGUGGAGCUACGUCCGUAGCCCAGUCGCCCGUUUACUCUUUACGAGCGGGCUGAGCGAGAGGGGAGCGGCCUCGAUUGAUACGCAAGAGUGGUACCGAUGCUGUCCUGACUUGCUUGGAGAAUCAGUGCAGCCCAAGUUUAUCCAGAGCCACUUGGACUCGGGCACCAAGGCUUUUCUCAAGCAGAGUGUGGAGAAGUCUGGCUGCCUGUUCACCCAGCUGUACCACUCUUUUCUAUCAACAGUCCUGAGCCCUCUGGUCUCACGCACCUCUAUCAAUGGGUUUCUGGGGCGUGGCUCCAUGUUUGUAUUUUCUGCAGAGCAGUUCCAGCAGCUGCUCCGGAUUGGCCCGGAAUGGAAGGCUGAGAGACUGCUAGACCUUGGAGCUGGGGAUGGAGGUGUCACACAGGUGAUGAGAGGCCAUUUCAGAGAGGUCUAUGCAACUGAGGUCUCAUUACCCAUGAAAUGGCAUCUUCAGAGGAGGAAUUACAAAGUACUGGGUAUAGAUGAUUGGCAGCAGACUGGUUUCCAGUAUGAUGUGAUCAGCUGCCUGAACCUGCUAGAUCGUUGCGAUGAUCCUUUACAUCUCCUGUGGGACAUCAAGCGAUCACUAGUUCCCAACACAGGGAGACUCAUUCUAGCCGCUGUGCUCCCCUUCCAACCAUAUGUAGAAGUCGGAGCACAUUGGCAACAUCCCAAACAAAAUCUAGAAAUAAAAGGAAAAACAUGGGAAGAGCAAGUAACCAACCUGUCCAAUGAGGUAUUCCAAAGCAUGGGGUUUGAGGUGGAGGCUGUGACCCGGUUGCCAUACCUCUGUGAGGGGGACAUGUAUAAUGAUUACUAUGUUCUUGAUAAUGCAGUUUUUGUUCUCAGGGCCUCAGACAAUAGAGAAGAGUCUGCCCACUGAAUACCAAAUGUACUGUGGUACUGAGGUACUUAACUCCAGCUGCUCCUGGAGGGAUUUGUAAUGAAAUUUUCAUAAGGUCCAUUUAUAAAACAGUGUUGCUGACUUAGUCAGACAUGAAGCUCAGGUACUGUAGUAUAUUUAUCAGACAACUUGUGUGACAGUGAUCACCUUUUAAGCAAAAAAUAACUGAAUGGCAGUUUGCCUGUACUGAAAUGCCACUGUAGACUAAAUCUAGAUGUUUUAUAAAGUUUAUUUGUGGGAAAUGUUUACUGUUAGCCUUUCAUCAUUCUGUAAUAUUAGGUAGGAUCUUGGUUGAGGUUUUGUUGGAUUUGUGCUUUAAUUACCUUGUCUCUAAUGCAAAGCACCAAAGUAUAUGCAACCAUUUUAUUUAACUCAACUGAAUUGGGCACAUUGUUUUAAUAUAAUAUAAAUUUACUUGUUGUUAUUGAUAAUUUAAAAAAAAAAGUAUGAGGUAUUCGUAAAGUGGGCUUGUAUAAUUUAACAGUAGUUACAGUGGCCACAACUGACAAUUUUGGAAUAAUGUUUAAAGCUGCAUUAAUUGAUUGGAGGCCACUGGGGGGCAGUAUAGUACACUGUUAUAUAAUCAUGCAAUAAGAUUGCCAUGGCAACGUGUUGUCCACAAGCCUAAAGCAGACAUUUUGGAAGUGAUGUUUUAUUCUGAGGAACUCAAAAUAUUCAUAAUUAACACAUUAGACUUGGAUUCUAGGCAAUGAGAGCAGCAGAAGACUGACACAUGCAAACUGCUCUUUGGGCUGUCUCUCCUUAUCAGAUGGAGAUCCUGUCUCCAGAGACCCCAAACCCCCC